AUGCUUUACUUCUUGAACUUGUACACCGGUCUUUUUUUCGAAACUUCAAGAUUAGUUUUAUUCAACUAUCGAAUUUUAAGUUUUCAGGGUCAUUACGUAAAUAAAUCCCAAGAUAAGUCUAGUCAUUGUCAAUGUCAGUAUUCUUGGCAAAAGAAGAGGUUAUUCUUUACAUUACCUAAACAGAGCCGCACAAGAGAAUAUAGUGGAAGACAGCUAGUUGGGUUUUCUAUGGAUCAGAUGUUUGAAGUAGUUUCAGAUGUAGAAAAUUACUAUAAAUUUGUUCCUUGGUGUAAAAAGUCAUUAGUGUUAACUAAAUCUCUAAGCCACCUCAAAGCCGACUUAAUUGUGGGAUUUCCUCCUAUUAAUGAAAGCUAUACAUCUAAUGUAACUUUAAUAAAACCACACUUGGUCAAAGCAGAAUGCACUGAUGGUAGAAUCUUCAACCACCUCUUGACAUUAUGGCGCUUUAGUCCUGGACUAAAAAAAGAGCAACAGUCUUGUGUAGUUGACUUUCAAAUAUCUUUUAAAUUUCGUUCAGCUUUUCAUUCUCACCUGUCUAAUUUAUUUUUCGACCAAGUCGCUAGACAAAUGGAAGGGGCUUUUAUUAAGGAAGUUGAAAACAGAUAUGGACGACCAUCUAUGCAACCGAAAAACUUAUUGUUAAAUAAACAUGCAAUUAAGAGUUGA